GGAAUUGGACCGAACCCACCCCAUGCGAGCCAAGCACGGCGCGGACCGCCGAGAGAGGGGAGUCAAGUGAGCCCCUCGCUAGCUUUCACGGAGGGGUACUACAGUUUUGAAGCGCAGGACAGAGGCAGUAGUAGAAGCAAACACGGCAGCGAGUGGAGUCAAUCCUGCGGCUGCUGUUGGGAGCAAAAGCCCAAAGCCCGCGCUGGGUGGCGGCACGGCACGGCACGGCAGUGCUCGGGGGGUGAUUCCGUAAUUCCGCCGCUUGCCGUCGUCGUCGUGGUUCCUCCCCAAACCCCACCCACGGCCGCGGCGCGAGCACUACUGCAGCGCCACUAUGGCGCCGCGCUCAAUCUUCACAGCCUCCCGCCCUUUUUAAACUAACUCUACUUCUCCCGUGGUCCGAUCUUCCGUGGAUGCGCUUCUGCUAGCCUUCUUCUCCCCCGCCCCCAUGGGCCACAGAACCCUAGCCCUGACAGCCGCACCAACCGGUCGGUACGCGCCGUCGUAGAUCCCAUCACCGGAUCCGAUGAUGGAGGUCGGCGUUGGCGUCUCCUCCCCGCGCGCCGCCGCCGCUUCCUCCGCCGCGGCGGCAGCAGCAGCAGCAGCAGCCGUCGGGCCGCCGGUGCUGUCCUCCCCGCGCGCGGCGCUCAGCAACCGAGGAGGGGCGCACCAGUUCCACCACCGGCGGUGGGCGCCUGCGAUCUCGCCCUCCUACAGGGCCUACCUGGUCGCGCUCUGGCUCGUCGGCUUCGUGCUCGUCUUCCUGUGGCAGAACACCUCGAUGGGCCGCGUGCGGCUCUACAACAGCCCACCCAUGCCGAAGCGCGCGCCGUCCGGAGCCGUGAUGGGGCAGUGGGUGGCUUCGCCGCCGGUGUAUGAUUUGAGGGAGUUUGGUGGCAUCGGGGACGGGCGGACACUCAACACGGCUGCCUUUGAGGCCGCGGUGGCAGCAAUCUCAGAGAGGGGUGGAGGGAGGCUCACCGUUCCCGCCGGGCGUUGGCUCACUGCGCCGUUUAACCUCACCAGCGGCAUGACCCUCUUCCUUGCUUCCGGUGCUGAGAUACUUGGGAUCCAGGAUGAAAGAUACUGGCCAUUGAUGCCUCCAUUACCAUCAUAUGGCUAUGGAAGAGAGCACAAGGGACCUCGAUAUGGUAGCCUUAUACAUGGUCAAGACCUGAAGGAUGUCACUGUAACUGGUCAUAAUGGAACCAUAAAUGGGCAAGGCAAAAGUUGGUGGACCAAAUUUCGUAGGAAACUCCUCAAUCACACGAGGGGUCCUCUUGUUCAGCUCAUGCGGUCAAGUAACAUUAUUAUUUCUAAUAUUACUCUACAAGAUUCCCCUUUCUGGACACUUCAUACAUACGACUGCAAGAAUGUUACUAUCUCAGAAACUACCAUCCUUGCUCCAAUUGUUGGAGCUCCAAACACUGAUGGGAUAGAUCCAGAUUCUUGCGAGAAUGUGAUGAUUCAAAAUUGUUAUAUUUCUGUUGGUGAUGAUGGGGUGGCUAUAAAGAGUGGUUGGGAUCAAUAUGGAAUUGCUUAUGGUCGUCCAUCUACUAACAUUACUAUUCGUGAUGUCACAAUCCGCUCCAUGGUCAGUGCUGGCGUAUCUAUAGGAAGUGAAAUGUCUGGUGGUGUUUCAAAUGUUUUGGUAGAGAAUGUCCACAUUUGGAGUUCACGGCGAGGUGUGAGGAUAAAGACCGCUCCUGGCAGAGGGGCAUAUGUAAACAACAUCGUCUACCGAAACAUAACCCUCGAAAAUGUCCGCGUUGGUAUUGUGAUAAAGACCGACUAUAAUGAGCACCCAGAUGAAGGCUUCAACCCGAAGGCUGUUCCCAUCGUUGGCAACAUCUCUUAUACAUCAAUCCAUGGGCAAGGGGUGCGCGUACCAGUUAGGAUACAAGGGAGUGCAGAGAUCCCUGUCAAGAAUGUUACUUUCCAUGAUAUGUCAGUUGGUAUACUUGACAAGAAGCACCAUGUUUUCCAGUGCUCAUACGUCCAGGGCCAGGUCAUUGGUUAUGUUUUCCCUGUGCCUUGCAAGAACCUGGACCUGUACAAUGAGCAGCGUGAGAUGGUUAAACAAUCGACACUGCAGAACAUCUCUGAUAUCGACUAUAGUUUUUGACGAGGCGGUUUGUCUCACUGUACUAUUACUUUAGGAGAACUAGGAGCAUCCAGUGCUCAGCUUAGUCUUGUUUUACCAUACUCAUAGUCAUAGGCAAUUUUGUUUGUAGCUGUUUACUACACCUAUCACUCCCAGGCGUGUAUUUAAGGAGGCCUCAAUUUGUCUAUACUGUCUCAUAGUUGAUUCUUCGGUUUUCACAUUUCAGCCCUGUAUUUCUGCACACUUUUUGUGCUAACCCUGCAAUAUAUUUCCCAUUAUUCAUUCUUA